UGUGUGUGUGUGUGUGUGUCUGUGAGAUAGACAGAGAUAGAGAUAGAGAGAGAGAGAGAGAGAGAGAGUCAAAGAGUGGCCCUUGACAAUGAGAGUGUGUUUUUAUUUGAGUGUGGUUGUGUAUGAGGCAGUGGAUGUGAAGAUGAUACCAAGCAAAACAUGAAGGUUUUGGCAUACAUGCACAUAUACAGAGAACGAAAGAGAGAUAGAAAGAGGCACAGAAGAAGAAAAUGACUGUCAUCCAGUAACGCAAGUUAUUAUUUCUGGGAUUCUGAGCUUUAAUCUCAUCAGACAUGCUGGACUAACCCUGGACACGCUGACAGGAGGAACGCUCUAGAAACCAUGACAGGUGUUGUCUUUGCAUUAUCCAGCCUGUUAUUACUCCAGACAGUCUCCUCUUGCCCCAAAGAGUGCUUGUGUGACACUCACACCAAAGUGGUGGACUGCCGGGGACGAGGACUGUAUGAUGUUCCACGUCAACUCCAUCAAGACACCCUGGAGCUGUAUCUCCAAAAUAACCGUCUCCGAGGCCUGGGCUCCAUGUCCUUUCGAGAGACACCACAACUUCAAAUUCUGGACCUGGCCAACAAUUCAAUCACAAUGCUUUCCCCCAGUGCCCUUCUGGGACUUAGAAGCUUAAAGGUCCUCAGCCUGGCCAAUAACUCUAUCCGGGAAGUGGACCGGCGCCUUCUGGUGUCAAUAAGAAAUCUUACUACAUUGGACCUGUCCUUUAACACCAUAGGUGGUCUACCUGGAGCUCUUGCUGACAGUUUCCACUAUCUUACCCAUCUGUCUCUCCAUCACAAUCGGCUAACUAAGCUGGACCGUAUACACCUGGAGGCUCUCGGAAAUCUGAAAGUUCUGCAACUGAAGGGCAAUCCUUGGAGAUGUGACUGUCACCUCAUAGGACUCAAACUAUGGUUGGAGACGUUUGUCUUCAAAGGUGGAGUGGUCGACAGCAUCACAUGCGUCCAGCCUCAUCUCAUGCUGGAGCGAGACCUCCGGCACAUUCCCUACGAGCUUUUCCACGCCUGCAUGAUCACCAGCUACAGCUACAUGUUUGCCAACAUCCACUACCUGGAUGGCAAGCACCGCAUGCUCAGCGGACAGCUCCAUCCGAGCCCCAGAGCGCCGUCCGGGAGCGAUUUCAGCCCCCCGGGAGAGGCGAUACUCCCCGAGUGUGAGGCCAAGCAGAGACCCCGGCCUGCGAACUACAGACACGCCAUAGCCACAGUGGUCAUAACAGGAGUGAUUUGUGGAAUUGUGUGUUUGAUGAUGUUGGCAGCAGCUGUUUACGGAUGUGCAUAUGCUGCAAUUAACGCCAAGUAUCAAAGAGAGCUGAAGCAGAAAGCAAAAGAGGCGGGUGCAGGAGAAGAGCGGAAAAACAUUGAAAGAGAGGAGAAGAAGGAACCGCUGGAGUGAUGCGAAGACAAAUACACAUCAAGGAUACACUACACAGUAUCCACAUACAGUUGUGUACCUAAGUUCUUUUAAGGCAAGUCAGUGCACUUGGCAGCCAUAUUGCCGAUGUCCCCGGGCAGCUAUUUUCUAGUCAUGCAAAUACAGCUCCUACCUAAAGGGGAAAGAUGGUUUAUCAAGAUAGCGUAUGCUUCUUCUUUAGCCUCAAUCAGGCUGGGAAAGCGAUAUUUUUCAGGCUGCUAAAGCAAAUGCACAUGCACGUCCUAGAGUAAAAACAACAGGCGAUACUUAUGGUAAAAAGGCAUUGGCUCUUUGUCAGUCCAAGCAAACAUUACAAGACUACAUGUCCUGUUGUUUUAAAGGACAAGUUUGCAGAUUUUCAACUUUUAGCUUUGUAUUGUUACAGUGUCAGUAGUGUAUGUGUUACCUGCAACCAGAUAUUCCCAUUUAUUUAUCUUUUGACAGCUCCAAGGCAGAUCAUACUUCCGCCCAGUGCAUUAUGAGUUCUGAAGUUUCCCUAAGUUUUUGGUGAAAAAAAACACUGCAGCCCUUUUUCUCAUUUUUUUUAAGUCGUGUAGAACCAGUUUAAAAAACUCCUUUCAACUGCAUAGAUAACCAUGUUUCAUUAAAAGCCCAUCUUGCCAACAGUGAAUUACCCUUUUAAUUGUGCAACAAAAUGCCACAAUAUUGUAAAUUCAACCACAAAUAUUUCAAAUAUAUUCAAAUAUUUGUAAAAUCAACCACAAACGGGAAAGAGAAUGGGGUCGGCAACCUUUUUGUCAUGAAGUACCGUUUUCUUUAACAAUUUGUUUAUUGAGAUGUGUGAAGUACCAUUUUUAAGUUUCCUAGUUAAUCACUGUGAUUAAUCCACCACACAUAAUCAUAUUUUAAAAGUUCGUAGCAGCUUAUUUGAAAGAUUAACACACUUUACUAUGAUAAAACACUACUUGAUCAAUCACAAACUUGCUUAUUUGAUUAGUCACAGAAAUAGUGCAGAACUUUAAGUAUUUCUGAAGCAAUUUUCCAUAAUAUUUGAUUUAAAUUAGUCAAAAGCCUACAAGUUAGUUUUUUUAAGGUUUAAAUUAGACUUUGAAUAACAGAUUUCCAACGUGACCCUACUGAACCCCACUAUGUGUGAACGGAGUUUGCACAUCACCGUCAUUGUGUUUAAUAGGACUCUAUAUACUUAGUCUUGCACAGUUUAAUAGUAUUUCUCCAAACUUAGUAAACAAGCUGUGUUACUAUGACGAAUGAUUACCUCAAAAUGUAGAACGGUAUGCAGGUGUGAGGUGCUUUACAAUACAUUCACCUCUCACACUUUUGCUCACGUGCCAGCGAUUAUAUUGUCACGCGUACCAUAGGUUGCCGACCCGUGGUGUAACUGAAACACCUAGUUUGUGAUCAGUUCUUAAAACUGCCCACCAGCACACCUUUGAUUGAGUUCAGGGUGACAAGCUUCCAUGUUUCAGGUGUACCCUUGGAUUAACAGUACAGCAGGACAUCUGUUAUUACAGCUGGCAUAUUGAGCGGUGUAAUUAUGCCCAUUCAGUUUUCUAUAUGUGGUCUGUUUCUUUCCCCUUUUAUGGUCUCUGAUAUCUAUUGUAACUUUCAAAAUGAAGAGAUGUUCUGUCAGUAUCAGUACCACUGCUGUUUACACUGUUGCAACUCUAUGGAUGAAGCAAUAUGUUAGUUCCUACAGAGCUUUAGUUAGGCCAAAGAUUUAUAUGAACAUAUCAGUUUAAUGUGUUUUAAUCCUGUUUCACCUGUUAUUUAAACAGUGCGGUUUAAAUUAGAUGUACAGUCAUCUGUACAUGCAGUUUUUAUGUUAAAUAUAGGAGUCGACCUUGGGUUUUUUUAAUGGCUGAGCUAAUACAAUUUUUGCAAUUCUUCUUGUGACGCUAGUGGCAGAGAAAUUACAUACAGCUGGUAAAAAGAAACAUUUACAUACUCGCAAACUAUACCAGUUUGAAGUGUUUCAUUUACAGUCUUUUGCAUAAUUUAUGAACUUAUGAGUUAUAAGUUAAUAAUUGCCUUAUAAGUUAAUAAUUUGUUCAUGUAGGCAGAUCCUAAUAUCAAUGUCUUAAUAUGUUAUAUAAAUAUUGUAUAAGCAACACUGUAAAUAUUCAGGUACAAACCCAAAGAGAUUCUGAGCUCUUGGGAAAUGCUGGAAUAUACAAGAUUAUAUAAGCUUGCAUAUGAAGGGUUGAUAUAUAUUAUAUAACAUCAGAGCACACAGCCAAGCAAUAAUUGGUUAGUUGACAUGAUAUAUGUUUGGAAAGCUGAUAUGUCCUGUUUAAAUAGAGAGUACAUUGAAUAUUCAUACUUUAAAAAUCAUCAGUCACACCAUAGGACCAUUUGAAAUGAACUAGUGAAGGGAAAGUAGCACAUUCGUACACCACACCCACAAACCAGCAGAAUUUGAAUUAAUUUUAAUUUAAUGUCAAGCAAUUGAAAUCACCUUGAAGUUUUGAUCAUAGGUAGAAAUCCUGUGAAGUGGCCUUUAAACACAUCAAGGACACACACGCAUACAAAUGCCCCAGUUACACAAGAGCGUUCUGUCAUCAGCAUGUCAGGCUGCAUUACUGUGUGCUGCAAUGUGCAUGUGAAACUGAGCUCACAUCUGAAGCACUGAAUGAACAUUAUUUGCCUGUUUGUUUUAAUCAUUAUUCUGUUCAAAUCAAAUCAACCAAAACUCAUUGAGCCAGAAAGUUCAUUUUGUCAAAUAUCUGUGGUAAAUAUGUAUGUUUGUGCUCAUAUGGAAAAUGUUACAAUAUUUCUAUGUUAAAUAUAUAUUUAUUAGAGCUGAAGCAUUAAAAUAAAGUAUAAGAUUCAUAGAAUUUAAAAUAUAUAAAAUAAACUGCAUGAAAUACUAUACAGAACUCGAUUUUAGUCGUGUGUGUGUGUCCGAUCCAGCAAAACACUGACUCAUGCGCAGUAGAGGGUGAAAAUCUGUCUGUUCUACUUCAUUUCUCUGUCAGUUAUAACAUGAAUCACUUGUGCAUGAGCGUGUGUGUGUGUGUGUGUGUUUAGAGUGCUCCUCCAGGCUUAUGUUCAAACAGAGAUCUUUCUCUCUGCAUUAUUCUAUUUCCCCUAAUCCAUUCCUACUGUUUGUCUAGUGUCUCUCUUUCUGCUCACAUGUCUUUAACCCUACAUCUCACAAUCCCUCUCAUACGUAAACACUUCCAGCGCAUAGAAGCACUAACAACAGACAGUUUUUUAAAAUAAGCAGUAAUAUUCAUGCAAGGUUAGAGGGUGAGUG